AUGGCUCCCAACUGGACACAUGUCGUCAGGUUCAUCAGCGAGGAAGAUGGACAGAUUCAUCUGGGCGAAGUGGAUUCCAACCAAUACCCCGACGUUGGCCUUGCGGUACUAGAAGGAACUCGGAUCGCGGUCAAAUUAGUGAAAGGAUCCCUCUUCGACGGUAUUGUAACAGAGACCACUAUGCACAUUGCACGACUGCUGGCCCCUAUUGGCAUUGAAGAAGUACCUAUCAUCCGAUGCAUGGGCCUUAACUACCACGACCAUGCCAAAGAAGCGAAUAUGCCAGUCCCUGAUGUACCGGUCCUUUUCAUCAAGCCCCGAACAGCCCUGAACGGACCCUACCCAGCCAAGAUCAAUGUGCCAAAGAUUGCACAGGAUGGUACUAGUGACUACGAGGCAGAGCUCUCCAUUAUUCUGUCCAAGUCCGGCCGCGAUAUCCCUGAGUCAGAGGCAAUGGAUUACAUUCUGGGAUAUACCUGUAGCAACGAUGUCAGUGCUCGGGCACAGCAGUUCAAGAACAGUCAAUGGUCAUUCUCAAAAGGUCUUGACGGAUCCUGUCCACUGGGCCCGGUUCUUGUUUCCCCAUCUGCCAUCGGCAACCCUCAUAAUCUUCAAAUCAAAGCAAUCCACAACGGUAAUGUGGUGCAGGAUUCAAAUACCAAGGAAAUGAUUUUCGACCUUGCAAAGACCAUCUCAUUCCUCUCUCAAGGCACCACUCUGGAAAAAGGCACGGUUAUCAUGACGGGUACGGGUCCUGGCAUUGGAGCUAUGCGAAACCCUAAGAUUGUCCUGAACGACGGUGAUGAUAUGAGAGUGCACGUUGAGAGGAUUGGAACUUUGAUUAACAAAGUUUAUUAUGAGUAA